AUGCGCUGGGACUCUACCUCUGAUCAGCUUCUCCUGAUCAAGAUUAUCGAGACUCACAGUAUCUCCGUGGAUACUAAAAAGAUUGCUGCCGCCUGGCCCAGCACUGAAGCCGAACCCGGUCCCACUCCCCGCGCCAUCACCGAGCGUCUGGUCCGAAUCCGCCAGAUCGUCCGCAAAGCGACUGGUUCGGACGUCCAAUUCUCCAUUGGCGGCAGGACCAGCAGCCCCACGUCCACCCCUGGAAAGUCCAAGUCCGUGUCAUCCACUCCCGGAUCUACCAAGCGUAAGCGUGGCAGUGCCAGCAAGAAGGAGAUUUCCCCAUUGAAGAAAGAAAGUGGCAGCGACUCUGACAUGGCGGAUAUCGAGAUCGACACGCCGACGGUGAAGAAGCCGUCUCCGCAGCGCUCUCCUCUCGUGGGAAGUAGCAUCCAGAGAACACUCUUCCCCAAGACAUCGGCAUCGGAACAGAGGCCCGUGGGGGUGCCGGUGGCUGCGGCUGCGGCUGCUGAUGAUGAUGGCAAAAUGCGUGUGGCUCUGCCCAGCAAGCGCGUUCGCAAGACGAGUGUUCUCCCUCCUGGCAUGGUGAAGUAUGAUUUUGAUGAUCCUGAGGUGCUCGAGAUUGAUACUUCGGCGUCCGAGUAUGCUCCUGAGGCUGAAAGCGCUGGGGCUGAAAGCGCUGAGGCUGAGGGCUUUGAUGAUGACGAGUUGAUGCAGCUCGCCUGAGCUUUGGGUUUCGGAAGCAUAUCGGGGGUCCAUGGAGUGUCACUUUGGAGGUCGUGCUCGCUUUGUAUCUGGAAUGUACUUAGCUAAGGAAGUAAUUGAGGUAUGUAAAUUAAUGGAAUGUAAUUGGAG